CACUUUUUGCUAUGAAAAUGCCCAAGCAGCUACCGGUACUACCGGUACCGGUAGCUAGAGCCAGAUCUCAUGCUUCUCGAGCUGCGUUAGACCGUCUAGCCAUCCAUCAGCCAUGGCGAUUGGAGGAAGGCAGGAAAAGAAGGGCGAAAGCUUUUACUAGUAGGCGCCUUCUUUGGGAGCCUUCAUUUUUGGACAAAAAUGCUCAAGCAGAUACGUAGCCAGAGCUCACGCUUCUCGAACUGCUUUUCAUACGAUCUUCUUGACAUCUUGCAGAACUUUCUUCACACUUUUUAGUAAGCCUACUACAUCCGUCGAAGUGACACAACUAAAAGAAGUGGUCGCUUGCUUGCUUUGACAUGACAUCUGAAACCACUGCCAAAGCCAAGGCGGAACAGAAGGGUCCCAUGUUGGGCACUGUUUGGUGGGUGUUGACCAUUCUUGUGUUUUCCUUGACAGUUGGAUUGGAUAAAGCGUACAAUGCUCUCCAUUUGGUGUUUGGAUUGCGCGCCUUGGUCGCUAUGCUUGGCUAUUUGAUUAUGCAAGUGGGCUUGUGGCAAGCGGAAUUCAAGUGGGAUGAAGAAGGUUCCGCUGCAUACUUGGACGCGGCCAAGAAGGAUAAGGGUCUAACGCCUGAAGAGCUGGAAGCCAUGGACAUGGGUGACGAUGUUGUCAUCCCUGAUGACCAGAAGCAAGCCGCCUUCCCCACCCCAUGGGGAUUUCUCAUUGGCUGGUGGGUUUGGGGGUUGAGCUAUAUCUUCCCCAUUGAUGGGACAGCCAGCAUUAAACCUACUCCCUAUGGAAUCAUUGCCUGCGUCGUGUGCAUCUAUGUCAGUUUUGUUGCCAGUGUUCCCAUGGCGGAUGCUGUCAUGCAUCGAGAUCCCAAGAAAAAGAUGAUGCUCUCCUUGCAGUUUCUGAUGGGUUGGAUUACCUUGGGAGUCAUGUCUUCAUUGGAUGCGGGCGAACAGCUGGGGUCCUUCAGCAAUGGCUCGGUCUGGGUCCUUUGUAUGAUGGGUCCCUUCACUAUCAUUUUGUCCCAAAAGAUCCUCUUUGCAAGUCGCAAGAUGGGCACACUUUGGGAAGAUUCUGGAAAACCAAACUUUCAUCCCAUUGUCUACAACAUGGGCGGCCCUUUGUUUGUUUGGGGUUGGUUCAUGUUCUUUUUGGGCGUCUGUGCCAUUCCCACCCUUGUAUCCAUGGAUGAUGAUAUCUAUGCCCAGCCCGAUUCCGGUCCCAAAAUCCUUCCACUCUUUCUCAACUGGCGCACCUUGUUUGCCUUUGCCGGUGGAUGCGCCAUGGUUCCGGUGGUGCGUUUCCUCGACUAUUCGCACGAUGAAGACGGGCCCUGGUGUGGCGCCAACUCGGAAGGCAAGGUCUUUUCCAAAUGGUGGUUGGGAACCGACGGAACAUACUUUGGUCUCUUUUUGGAAUCGCCUUGGCCCUUUGUCAUUGCCUGGUGUGUCUUUGGAUUUUCAAGCUUCUGGACAUUUGACAAUCGCAUUGAUCCCGACACAUGGGCCAUUCUCAUGUUGGUGAAUUGCUUCCUCCAGGCGGUCGACGCUGGAAUCCUCAUUCAACAGAAUCUUUACGCUGGUAACAUGAAAGGCAAAACCAUGUUCUCGGUACCCUUUGUGAUUUUGUUCCUCCUGCUGGCCAUCAACAUUGGACAGCAUUGGGGCUGGCGCGCCCUGGCCCUCUCGCUGCCCGGAGCCGUGCUCAUUGUUCUCGGGCAAAAGACAGUGUUUGGAGCUCGGAAACGUGGAGAUUACACCAUGCAAAAUGACGGAAAAGCCAACCCGUACGACAAGGUCUUUGUCUACACCUGGGGCGAAGUGUUCUUCAUGAUUGGAUGGAUCAGUAUCAGUUGGGGAGCUUCCAUGCCCUAGCUACCGUAUCAAAUGAAAUAUAUGUAUGUGUAUGUGUGUGUAUAUGUGUUUGGGAAUCAAGAAGAAAGGCGAAGAGGUCAUUUGUUUGCUUGCAAUUUAGCACGCAAGGAAUUAAUUGUGAUGGAAUUGUGCAAUGUGUCGAUGAUUUAUACUGUAAAUUGCACGUAACUUUAUGCGUCGAUCUACUAGCUA